AUGGACUUUAAAAAACCCUUGGCUGGAGUUACGUCAAUGUCAAUUGUUCCUUUGCCUGGCAAGAAACCUGGAAAGGAUGGUCCUGGCAUGUCACUCGCUUCUUUUGGUAGUGGUGUAUUCAAAUCAAGUUCACAAAUUAUACCCGCUGGACAACAAGGUAGUAUUCCUAGAACAUCGAACUUAAUGUCACCUAAUAUGCUUCUAAACGGUCACGAAGGUGAGGUCUACUGUGGAAAGUUCGCUUCCGAUGGAUCAUUCCUUGCAAGUGCUGGGUUCGAUCGCCGUAUUCAGUUAUGGGAAACGUACGGCGAAUGCGAAAACAUUGCCACUAUGAUGGGACAUGGAGGUGCUAUUUUGGAUUUAGUGUUUUCAUCAGAUGACUCGGUUAUAUAUACUGCUAGUUCAGACAAAUCUGUCGCUCUGUGGGAUACUGAAAGUUCUCAACGCAUUAAAAAAUUCAGAGGCCAUGAGAACAUUGUAAAUUCAUGUGCGGUUGCUAGACGUGGUCCCCAGCAUGUUUGUUCUGGUUCAGAUGACGGAACAGUUCGACUUUGGGAUAGACGACAAAAAUCUUGUGUACAGAAAUUCGACAAUACGUAUCAGGUUCUGUCCGUUACUUUCAAUGACACUGCAGAUAUGAUAUUCCUUGGCGGUAUUGAUAAUGUUGUCAAAGGUUGGGACUUACGAAAGUUAGAAGCCAGUAUGUUACUCAAUGGUCAUACAGAUACAGUUACUGGUUUGUCUGUCAGUUCGGAUGGUUCGUUUCUGCUUUCCAAUGCUAUGGAUAACACAUUACGUAUGUGGGAUAUCCGUCCAUUCGCUCCAGCAGAUCGUUGUACAAAGAUUUUCACAGGCCACCAGCACACAUUUGAAAAGAAUCUGCUUCGGUGUGCAUGGUCAGCAGAUGGUCGUAGAAUAACUGGUGGCAGUGGUGAUCGUUAUGUUCACGUCUGGGAUGUAAAUACGCGCCAAUUGGUAUAUAAGCUUCCCGGUCAUACAGCCUCUGUAAAUGAAAUUGCGUUCCAUCCAACAGAACCGAUACUUCUAUCUGUUGGUAGUGAUAAGAAAAUCUUUUUGGGUGAAAUUCUGCCUGGUGUGUACUCAUAG